CCGACAUCAACAUCCUCCGUCAUCUGCCCAUCGCCACUCUCCCACCUCCUGUCUAACAACGGCCGGCGCAACGCAGCGCCGUGCCCCUACGCCCACUGCAUAUCCUCGGACGCCAUGUCGACCCCCAACUCCUCCACUCCCCAAACAACAAGCGAGACUAUCCCCGAACGGCCACACCUCCAGCCGUCCGCGCAGCCCUCGCUCUUCGGCGAGGUGUCCGUUGACCAUGCCAUCGCCGGCUUUGGCGCUGGCACCGUCGCCACGCUGGUAAUGCACCCGCUCGACCUCGUAAAGGUCCGGUUUCAGCUCGCGGAUGCCAACGCGCCAAAAGCCCGGCUUGGGCGUGGCGUCUACGACGCGCUCGCGGACGCGGUGCGCGCAGACGGCUGGCGCGGCCUCUAUCGCGGCCUGAUACCCAACCUCGUCGGCGGCGCGAGCAGCUGGGGCCUGUAUUUCCUCUUCUACAACAUGAUCAAGAAGCAGAUGCAGGGCGGCGACCCGACGUACCGCACGAGUGCGGGGCAGCACCUGCUGGCUGCGGCCGAAGCGAGCGCCAUCACGGCGAUGCUCACGAACCCCAUCUGGGUCGCCAAGACCCGCAUCUUCGCGACGCCGUCGCACGACCCGCGCGCCUACUCCGGGCUGAUCAACACGCUGAGCAGGAUCUACACAGCCGAGGGCUGGCGCGGGCUGUACCGCGGCUCGCUGCUCGCGCUUGUGGGCGUCUCGAACGGCUCGAUCCAGUUCGCGACGUACGAAGACCUGAAGCGGCGCCGCAUCGACGCGAAACACCGCCGCUUCGUGCGCGCCGGCCGCGAGUGGCGCAUCGAUGACGAGAAACUCACAAACACGGAAUACAUCCUCGCGUCCGGCGCGUCCAAGUUUGUCGCGAUCGCACUCACGUACCCGUACCAAGUCGUGCGCGCGCGCAUACAAAACGGCGCGCAGGGCCUCACGAUCCCGCAGGUCAUCCGGCAGACGUGGCGCGGCGAGCGCCUCCUCGGCUUUUACAAGGGGCUGGGGACGAACGCGCUGCGUAUCCUCCCCGGGACGUGCACGACGUUCGUGGUGUACGAGAAUUUGGUGUGGCUGUUCCGCAAGGUCGCGGCCAGGAGAGACAAGGCCAAGGCGCGCGAGGUGCUUGCAUAGCCUGGGCGGACUGGGCUGAGGUGAGACUGGGAGACUCUGGCGAGCGGUUGGAGGACAGCGGUCGGGAAAUGGGCGGACUCGAGCAUCCGGCGCGGGCCUCCGUCCAACCCAGUACCUGCACCUGCGCCAGGCGGGCGCGUCUUAUCUCAGACGCACCGCGCAUAGCAUUAAUAGACAUCAUAGCAUGCAGAUAUAGACUGGG